AUGCAAGUUAUUUCAGCCUUGGUUCUCUUGCUGGCGAUGGAGCUGGUCGGUGCCGCUCCAGUCCUUCCUGGCCUACUGAGAUUCGCCGCCACGUUUUCCCGCAUCUCCAACGAACUCGACCACAUCAGCCUGGGAAAUUGCUCUCUGUCAAACGCAGCCCUGCCGCUGAAUGACACAAAAAUUGAACUUCCCAAUCCAUCUUCUCACUUGAGUCUCAAGUACAUUGCUUUGGGCCGAGGCACCCAAAAUUACUCGUGCCCAACCUCUGCCCACUCUAACCACUCCCGUGAGGCUAGCACGCCUUUUGCAACCGGAGCAGUAGCUACUCUUUUCGAUGCUUCGUGCAUCGCAUCGACGUCAAUAUCCCUUCUUCACGAGAUGCCCGCUGUCAUCGGCGGUGCUCCUCUUGGCUCUCUCACCCUCUUGGCGGAGUUGUUGAGUCAAACCACGAACAGUUCAGAUCUCAUCAUCGGCGAACACUACUUCGAUGCUGCCGGAGAUCCUUUUUUCAAUCUGGGGCUCAGUGGCUCCAAUGACUGGAUGAUUGCCAAGAAGGAUGCUUCCACGACAGCACCGAGGAGAGUCCAUCAUGUAGCCGGCGAUGAUGGAAGUAAAGAUGUUGCCUGGCUGAAACUUGGCCUCAAGGAUGGCCACGGUCUCAAGGAGGUCUAUCGAGUAAUGACAUUCGAAGGCUCCGCACCAUCAACUUGUGUUGGUCAGAGCGACACCAUUCUGGUUGAGUAUGCUGCAGAGUACUGGUUUUAUGGAUAA